UCUUUGGUCCCGCCCGUUUGUCACUUUCCGUCCCAUAUAUGAAAAACUAAACGCCAAAAGAUUCAAUCUCGACUAUUUAAUGGCCCUCUAAAUUCUUUUUAAAUUGGUCGACACGCAAUUGUUUUAUGUGCGUAAAACAGAGGCGAUGCCGAUGCCCGGUUCGUUGCGUGCGUAGGUGAACAAGAAAUCUUCUCUCUGCACGCCAACCGAAUUUUAAGCCGCCCUUGGCCUGCAAAUAGAAAGUUUUUAACUAAUUUGGAAUUGUCUGAACUUGAACUUUGACGGAAAUUUUUGGUCAGUUUUAUCUAUAUAAACAAUAAACUCAGGUAUUUCGAUGACGGGGAAGCAGCCUUUAUCGUUACAGGUGUUUUUGGAUGUGGAAAGAGAGGGGUCAAUGGGUAGAAGGCGAGAGGAUAAGGUUGUUUACCCAACUACAGACAAUGGUGAAGUUCAGCACCAGGAUAGGCCGCAUGCCAUUUCAUACAUGGAAACUCCGAGCAAGAAAUGGAAGACAUGGAUAAUUCCUGCGUUUGUUGUGGCGAAUUUUGUUGUGUUUAUAGCGACAAUGGCGGUGAAUGAUUGCCCUAAGAAUUCAGAGGAACCUGGCAAAUGUGUGCCCAAGUUUUUGGGCAGAAUGUCGUUUCAGCCUCUCAAGCAGAAUCCUCUCCUGGGGCCUUCGUCCUCCACAUUAGAAAAAAUGGGAGGCCUUGAUUGGAUUGAUGUCGUACAGAAGCAUCAGGGAUGGAGGCUCAUCACGUGUAUUUGGCUACAUGCAGGAGUGGUUCAUUUGCUUUCCAAUAUGCUUAGUCUUGUUUUCAUUGGAAUUCGUCUUGAGCAAGAGUUUGGCUUCUUUAAGAUUGGCAUGCUAUACUUGCUUUCUGGAUUUGGUGGCAGCUUGUUGUCAGCUUUAUUUAUCCAGAAUAACAUAUCUGUUGGAGCAUCGGGUGCUCUUUUUGGGUUACUAGGUGCUAUGCUUUCAGAGCUUCUUACAAACUGGACAAUCUAUGCCAGUAAGCUUGCAGCACUGGUAACACUUGUUCUCAUCAUUGUUGUCAACUUGGCUUUUGGGUUACUGCCACAUGUAGAUAAUUUUGCACAUCUUGGAGGAUUUAUGUCUGGGUUCCUUCUUGGAUUCGUGUUUUUAAUCCGGCCUCAGUUUGGAUGGGUUAAUCGUAAGAAGCUUCCUCUAGGAUACGAAUUGGAUACAUCAGUCAAACACAAACACAAGCCAUAUCAGUAUGUAUUGUGGCUGUCAGCACUAAUUCUGAUAACUAUAGGAUAUGCUGUUGGUUUGGCCAUGGUUUUGCGUGGUGUAAAUGCAAAUGAUCAUUGUGGUUGGUGCCACUAUUUAAGUUGUGUGCCAACAAGCAAGUGGAGUUGCAAGGAGAAACCGGUUUAUUGUUUGUCUUCACAAAGCCAGACGGAAUUGACUUUAACGUGCGAAAAUGGUGGCAAAACAAAGAUAUUUCCUUUUGGUAAUGCAUCUGAUGAUAGAAUAAGAGAUCUAUGUACACAACUCUGUGCCUAACUUAGCAGAGCCUCGUGUUACUUCCCAUUGACGAGAUAUUCUUUGCAGACAAUAAAGUGGUCCCAGAGCUGACAGAUGAUUAUAAUCUACUGGAAUUCUUUGUGUAUAUUUUGUAGAUCAAAUUCAUGAAAUAACUGUAGAUCUCUCUUGUAUAUCAUUUUUGAAAAUUCAUUGGUAGCUGCUUCUCUACUUCUGACAAGUUUCGCGGCCAGCAAAAAUGCACAUUUUUUAUGCGUGUUGUUUGCCAUUUUCUACUUUACAUCUUGCCUUCGGGUUCAUGUGGGCAAAAUUUUGCAUGGGAAGGAUUUGACCAUGUAUGAUAUUUAGAUGUCACAAAUUCUAGAUUUGGUUACUGUACCAUAAUCCAUUGGAAAUUAGUGGCGGCCUCUGGAGACGUUCUUGGAUAUUUGUCAAUAAGUCGCCCCCAUGACUCAUACUGGUUUCAUUAUUCAUAUGUACUGCUCAAAUUAUUUGAUUCCAGGACAGUUGAAAUGGUGUAAACAUCAUUCAGCCUCCACAAAAGAUGAUAAGUAAAAAAUGAUAAAUAAAUUUGAUUUAAUGUGGCCUAAUUUAGAGAA